AUGCCACCUUCUACCAGGCGACGCAACAACCGUCGCCGGGAAGCUGUCCUGCAGGAGGCUCCUGAUACUGAUGCUCUGGACUCAUCACCCAGUCGGCGAUCUGUGAAGAAAAGAAAGAUCGACCACAAAGCCGAUACAGAGCACGAAGAGACCGCUGUUUCCGACCAGAGCUCCGAUGAGGGUUCUUCCAGGGAGAACGAUGCUACUAUAGACCAAGACCUGGUGGACUCCGUGAUUUCCUGCCUCAAUGUAGCCCCCGAAUACGUCGCUGUUCAGCAUGAAUUUUCGAAUGCCAAAAACAGGGAGGAAAAUCCUGAGAGUGUCAGGGCCUAUGCGAAGAUUGCCGGGCGAGACUGGACUUACUAUAUGAAGGAGCUCCACAUCAACAUCGGCCGCCCGCCGGAUCGCGACCAGAAGUUCGAUGCGCAGUCCAGCCCCGUCGCUGUCGCCGCUCAGGCGCUGCCACCGGUCCAUAUCGACUUGGGCCCCAGUAAAAUCGUCUCGCGUCUGCACGCCGAGGUCUUCUACGAAGUUGCCGCUGAAGCAUGGCGGUUUCGAGUCAACGGCCGCAAUAGCGCGCGGCUGAACAACGCGGUUCUCAAGCGUGGCUUCAGCUCUCCCCUCAAGAGCGGCGACGUCAUCGACGUCGCCGGCACUCAGAUGAUGUUCGUCACGCCCGGCGAUCGAGCCGAAAUCCACCCCACGUUUGUCAACAGGCUGCGUGCCAUACAGGAGGUCCAGCAGCUCCAGGACCGCCCGGGCAUCUGGUCUGGGUUUAGACACUCGCAUCCUCAAGCCCCGUCGUCGACACCGCGUGGGCCGUCUGAUUCGCAGGCCGCGCAGCGGGAGGAUGCUCGGAAUGGCGGUGCGGCGGCUGCGACUGUGACGCCGUCGAAGCGCCUGGCGACGCCUGCCACGGCGAGACCGAAGUCCAGAGCGGGCGAUUCGGCCGUCAAGCCCUCGCCGCUGUAUAAUCGCGGGAUGAUGAUGGAGAGCACGGGGGACAUUGAUUAUAGUAGUGAGUCGGCCAAGGAUUUGAAGCCGCCGUUUAGCUAUGCGACGAUGAUCGGGCAGGCGAUCUUUUCGACGGAGGAGGAGCAGUUGUCUUUGAGUAAUAUCUACAAGUUUAUUAUGGAGAAGUAUGCGUUUUAUAGGUAUACGAGCUCUGGGUGGCAGAAUUCUAUUCGCCAUAACUUGUCUUUGAAUAAGGCAUUUAAUAAGGUCCCUCGUCGCACUGAUGAGCCGGGAAAAGGCAUGAAGUGGCAGAUUGCUGCUGAACACCGGGAAGAGUAUUGGAAGAAGGCCCAUAAGGGCAUUCAGUCAUCAGCGCCAUCUUCGCCAAUCGGAAAGGAGAGUCCUAGUUUCCACAAGAUCAAUGGGGAUAACAGCUCUUUUGAGAAACGACAAGAAAAAUCUCAGCCUGCUGCCAGGCCCUCCCAGGCUACUUCGCCGGGCUACCAUUCGUUCUCCGUUGCUCCAAUUGAGGCUUUCACGCCAGAUCGUGGCUCUCGCGCCGGCCGUCGUCCCGACAUGCACAACCCCGCAGAGACUCCGCUGCCUGUACGCCCGCGAAACGGUGAAGGAACGCGCGCCAUCGGGCUCUCCGACAACGUCACCGGCUCUCCGCCCGUUCUCUCCUCCUCAUAUUACGACGACGCCGCGUCGUCCAUGAUCACGCCCGCGCCGCUGCGCCAGCAACCGCGUCUCGCGCCCCCCAGCACAGCCCAGGUGCCGUCGAGAUUCAUGCCCAUGAGCUCGCCGGCGCAGUUCUGGAAAUUCGCCGAUAUCGGGAGCACGCCCGCCCGGCCCAACGACAUCAGCCCCCUGAAGCCCAGUGAGCCGAAUAAUCGCUGGGACGGAAAUGCCAUGCCGAGCAGUAGCCCGCCGCCGCCGAAUCUGGGCAGCCCGAGCAGACCCAGUGGUCCGGCUGGCGCGCGCCCGCGGUUUGGAACUGCUGCUCCGCAGCAACAGCAACAGCAGCCGCAGCAGCAGCAGAAGCAGCGUGAGAAGCGUGAGAAGCGGCGCUGGCAGGAUGAUGAUGAGGAGGAGGAAGAUGAGGAUGAGAAUGAAGAGGCGGAGGGGUUUGACCUCGCUAGGGGCUUCCAACCCAUCGGAUCGUACCAUCGACAGAUGAGCAAUGCCACCAGAGCAAGUGCUACGUCGACCUAA